AUACGCUCUCUUCAUGACCUAUUUUGGCAUUCGAGUGUAGUCAGUGCGCGAGAGUCCCUGUUUCACGACCUUUAGUUUUGUAUACGAUAUAAGAGAAUAUUCCCUUACAGUGAGAUACUGUUUAAGACAAUUCUCUCUUAUACCAUAGCCAACACGAUAUAACAGAAAGCCGGAUUUAAGAGAGUGAAAUUGGCUUGUACCGACCCUCUCUUAAACCGUAGCCGCUACUGGGCAACAGAGAGUAGCGCAGCAGCACGACAGGCUGUGUGUCGCAAUCACGACAGCGUGGGGUGCCCUGCAGAUAGGUGUCCGACGGGGCGGGGGGGAAGGAGCGGCGCAACCUCGGCUGACAGCGUAGACAAUCACACCGCCUCUUCUUCGGUGUCUCUGCUUCUGUCUCCCGUGACUCUGGAGUGGCGCAGCAGGCAGGGAGGCAAGAUGGCUAGCAAGGCAACUACGGAUGCCAUCCAGCAAGACUGGAAGGAGAGAGAGAUGAUCGAGGUGGUUCAUCUCAAUAUUCUCAAGAUCACGAAGUUCUUAAACGAGUUCGAGGUGUCCGUGCGCUACAAGCUUUCCACGCUGGCGGAGCGGGUUGGAUCGUUGGAGCGACAUCUCGAGUACUGCGAAACCGCGGUCAAGGACAAGCAACAGCUGCAGCAGUUCGACUCGAGUUCGAGGAUCGACGGUGGUCAUAGGAGCUGAUUUCGAUGGGCUUGGCUUGGCUGCCUUUGUGCGUCGGCGCGCGUUUGUGUGCUGGUGGUUCUGUUGUUGACGAGUCUUAGGUUCUACCCUUGACGAUUGAGAUAAAUGUUGCAUCAGGAGUUUUGGCCGCCUGGCGCACGAACGGCCCGCCAUAGGUUGGCCAUUCAUUGUUUUCCAAGUCUGCCGUAGUUGAUGUUUACAUUAUGUGUGUGUCGUGCAUUGCAGGUUUUGUAUUCUAGCGCGUUGUCAAAUAGGUUUGGUGUAUUCAGUCGCUUGGAAAGCUACUGGCAGUGUUGCAACGAGGUUUAAGAAGCGAUGCGUUCUCAUCAAGCUGGCUGCAUGGUACUCCCGCGGCAAAGAUUGAGAAGCACGUCCUCGAAGGUCGUGUGCAGCUCAGGUGCUGAAUUUGCACCCGUCCGUGCACCGCGAGCGCUAGUCGUUUGUUGAACGUGGAACUUUGUGAAGAUGGAUGCUCUCAGCUUCUGUUUCUUUCCUAGCUUCGAGCCUGCGACAACGGUCGUGGGUGUUGUCGCAGUACCCUGCUGGCGUUUUUCUUCUCCUGCCGGAUACGAGAACGAGUUGUCAGUAUGUUGUCCUCCAGCGGGGGGCUGGGUGAAAAGCCUGAGCUCACCAAACUUUCCCGGUCAUAGCGCUGGUUCGAUUGGUGUGUAGCACGUGUAUGCAGUUGUUGGCGCUUUGUCUCCCUUGCUUUCUUUGCCGAACGCACCAACAACGUCUUUUUUUGGCCGUAUUUUAAUACAUCGACCGGUGAUUUGAGCUGGUUGACUGAUCAUUCCUUCGUGGAGUACUGGCCAUGGGGCUGCAUCAGGGGGAUCUGGUGGACUAUGUAAUUAACGUCGCUAAUCUAGCCUGUGUUGUAAAAGUACCGCUGGCGGUUGACUUUUUCGCCACAAGCAACAACGGCUGCUCCUUUUUUUCGUUAUCUGUUGCGCAUCGUCUGUUUUGAGCGGUUUGUGGUGUCGACUUUUGAACAGCCUUGGCCUCCUAUUAUUCCGACCGAGCAAGUUCUUGUGUGUGUGUUUUGUUAGACUCCAAUCUUCGCCGUUUUACCCGCUUGUGCAUGGCAACAAAAAAUGCAUUUGUACCAGCC